AUUUGAUUGCAUUAUAAGCAAAAGACGUUAAUUCAAGCUUUGAAUACGGAAUGUCAAGAAUAUCAGUGAACAGCCUAAUAACGAAAUGUUAUUUAAAAAUAUAUAGAUGAUUAUAUUGCGAAUCUCUGCUACCGCAGAUAUUUCAAGCGGAAGUAUAUACAUGGAUGUUGAUAUAAGACAUAUGAUAAUUCGAUAAAAUAUUUUGUACUGAUAAUCAGGCAAUGUUAAUAUGAGCAACAUACAAACAAGAACACACCUAAAAUCACAGUGCUGAAAUCCUUUGGGCGGCAGGCUGCAUAGCGAAAAUUCGUUUGACAAAACAUGUUGGUUAUCGUAUCAUUGGGUAUCAUGAAUUCUCUAUCAUCAAUAUUUCCUGUCCUCCUGUUCGUGGAGGUGACAUACAGCCUUUCCACAGGCAUACACCACCAGAAAACCAUCACGUCAGCAGUAUUAUGUGAUUCAAAUGACAUACACCGACAGAUUGAACCCAAUGAAAGGCAGUUCCUUGAAUAUGAUGAAUAUGGUAAUCCAGUGGAGCGUGAAGAAGAAGUGAACAUAGACCCUUGCAUACACAGUCCAGAUGGAUUGUUAGUUGAAGUAUAUUGUCCGUACGUUCGUGAAGCCAUGACCGCAGGGUACACAAUUUCUAACAAAGUUUGCCCUAACGAUCAAAUUAUCUUUCAUUUCACAAGAACGUCCUACGGAGGGUUUGGUCAUUUUGAAGUUGUCGGCAAUAUCAGCAUAUUGCACGGAGCAGCAUUCAAAGCUGAAUUCAAAAUAUCAGAACUGCAUUUGGAGAAUAUGGGUAUAACCAGAAUAGCGCCCGGUGCAUUUAAUUUCCAGACGACCAUAAAGUCAAUUUUUUUAAGUGAAAAUAACCUCUCUGCGAUAAACGUUGGUAUAUUCAAUUCUCUAACUCACCUAGAUACAUUAGAUUUAUCAGAGAAUCAGAUUGUGAAUGUAACUGAAGACGCAUUUUCCAGUGUACCGCUAAGUAACUUGAGUUUAGGUAGAAACAAAUUAACUUCGUUACCGGAUACCUUGUUUGGCACAAGGCGUCUUGAUUUAUCGUACAAUAAUCUUCAACAAAUUAAUCCAAAUGUCAACUUCGAAGCAACAUAUUUAGACGUAACCAGCAAUAAUAUCAGUUACUUUAACAUGUCUUCUUUCCCUCAUAUUACAGAACUCUAUCUUGCUAAUAAUAAAAUCAAGCAAAUCGAACCUAAUCCAAACAUUAACAGACUAGAUGUUCACAACAACACUAUCUCCGAAUUUCCAGAGAAUCUGCUUGACCUAGUCAUGUUGAAUAUGGGUACAAAUAAUAUCUCACAUUUACCAAACAAUUCAAUACUCGGAAACAACCUAAUCCAACUGUCCUUAAGUCAGAACCAUUUGACAUACAUACCAGUCAUGUGCUUUAAAAAAUUGAAAUCCUUGACAAAUCUCGAUUUAUCAGGAAACGAAAUUUCAAGUUUUUCGUUUGGAACAUUUGAUAAUUUAGAAAACUUGCUGUACUUGAAUAUUUCAGACAAUAAGUUUAAAGUAUUGCCGAUUUACGCACUACACUCUGUGAAUAAUUUGGUGUCCCUGAGCUUUAGCGAUAAUGAUCUUACUGAUCUAAAUGUUGACGACUUGCUUAAACACUUACCUUCAUUAAGCAGAGUAGAUUUCAGAGGCAAUAAACUACCGUGUCAACAACUUUUGGAAGCCGUUCAGAAACUCAAUAUGCAUCAUGCUGUGUUUGAGCAAGGUACUCACGUUGAAACUGAUAACAUAUAUGGCAUGAAAUGUAACGUUGAUGAUGUUAAAGAUAAAACUAAGUUAAAACUGCUUCCUGAAGACUUUAUGAACAGUAGUUUUGUGCGAUAUCUUGAAUCUCUGAAUGGUGUACCAUCAACAGAAAAUCAACGUAUACUGGAGAAACUUUUAUACAUGGACAAAAAGCAAAUUGAAGUUUUAGAAAAAAUAUUCAAUAAAUUGGAUAAGUCGCAAGUUGAGAUAUUACAAAAAAGUCUGGAAAAUCAUAAUACAGAUAUUUUGAAGCAAUUGGAGGAUAUGGUUAGCAACACCAAAACCAUAAACGAUAAUUAUGAAGAACUAAAGAAUGUAUUGCGUAGUAUACUGGCAACUGAUAACAAACGGAAUGAGCUGUUAGAUAAACUAGUUAUUGAGCAAUCCAAUAAGUCAUAUCAAAAAAAUAGCGUCUCUAUGGUUGAACAGUUUAUAAGUAUUCUUAACAAAAGCUAUGAAAGACAAAAUGAGACCUACUCAAACUUAAGUAUCGAGAUGAAAAACGCAAUGGAGGCAUUAGGACGAACACAGGUGAAUCUAGGUUAUUUUAUAGAGAAACUCGUGAAGGAAAAUCAUACUGUCAAUAAUUUAAACUUAUCUUUUGCUGAGGAAGGUAUAAUCAACGCAAACAGAGCUGAAGCCCUUCAAUCCUAUCCAAUGGACAAUAGUUCAGAUAGAAAGUAUCCUAUUUUUGUAUUUAUUGCCCUGCUUUUGUUAGCAAUGACCAUUUUAAUGUCUGUCCUUCUGUAUGUUUUGUACUACAGAGUGAAGUAUGUUAUUAAUACGAAACAAGAUGUAGAAUUAAAUCAACUUUUAGGAUCCAAGUCUGAUAUUGUCAGUAACUGAUCUUUGUUAUAUGUAUAUUCAAAUGAUCAAGAUAUAAUAAAGUACAUACAUAUAUUUCUAUCUUUUUUCAUUUCAAAGCGAAAAAUAUUCUGCCUGAAAGACAGUGUAGUAGCC